AGUUCACGGAUUGGUUUAAAAUCUUACAAGGCUCUAGACCAAUGGGCGACUGGCAUGCUCGUUUAAAAUACAGAAUAGCCGCGCUCUCAUACUGAUCUUUUUCUGUUCUCUCAACGUAAGCGUUCUUUCGAUCCACAAUGAGUGGUAGAGGCAAAACCGGCGGUAAGGCCAGGGCGAAGGCUAAGACUCGCUCUUCCAGGGCUGGUCUUCAGUUCCCCGUCGGUCGUGUGCAUAGACUUCUCCGUAAAGGCAACUACGCCGAGCGUGUUGGUGCCGGUGCUCCGGUGUAUCUGGCCGCUGUGCUCGAGUAUCUGACGGCUGAGAUCCUGGAGCUGGCUGGGAACGCCGCUCGGGACAACAAGAAGACCCGUAUCAUCCCCCGUCACCUGCAGCUGGCGGUGCGUAACGACGAGGAGCUCAACAAACUCCUGGGCGGAGUGACCAUCGCUCAGGGCGGCGUGCUGCCCAACAUCCAGGCCGUGCUGCUGCCCAAGAAGACCGAGAAACCCGCCAAAACCAAGUGAACACGAGAGGACACGACACUCACAAAGGCUCUUUUCAGAGCCACACACUUCCCCUUAAAGAGCAGCUUGAGUUGA